CGACCAGGCAGUCAGUGUCGGUAGAAGCUCGCCAACUCCACGAUUCACAGCGUAAUUGGGCUGUAUCUGGUUUUAAUAUCCUAAAGUUGAACCGUUGAACACACAAUAUUCAACAUGUCUGCAGCACAACUUCUCAACCCAAAGGCCGAGUCAAGGCGGCGCGGUGAAGCUUUGUCGGUCAACAUAUCCGCCGGAGAGGGUCUGCAAGGAGUCCUGGCGUCAAAUUUAGGACCGCGAGGAACCUUAAAGAUGCUCGUGGAUGGGUCAGGUCAAAUCAAGCUCACAAAAGAUGGAAGUGUACUUUUGAAAGAGAUGCAGAUACAAAAUCCCACAGCGGUCAUGAUCGCAAGAGCAGCAACCGCGCAAGACGAGAUUACGGGUGAUGGCACAACAUCAUGUGUGCUUAUGAUUGGAGAACUGCUCAAACAGGCGAAUCGGUACAUAUCAGAAGGACUGCAUCCCCGCGUUAUAACAGACGGUUUCGAACUGGCCAAGACCGAAGCGCUCAAAUUCCUUGAUGGAUUCAAGCUUGAGAAAGAGGUAGAUCGCGAGCUCUUGCUUUCAGUAGCAAGAACAUCUCUGUCAACGAAGCUCAACAGCACCCUCGCCGAACAACUCACGCCAGAUAUUGUGGAUGCAGUGCUGGCAAUUUAUAACGGAGAGGCAAAGCCGGAUUUACACAUGAUCGAGAUCAUGACCAUGCAACAUCGCACUGCUGCUGAUACCCAACUGAUACGCGGUCUUGCUCUGGACCACGGAGCGCGCCACCCCGACAUGCCGAAAGAUGUGAAGAACGCUCACAUCCUAACUCUCAACGUCAGUUUAGAGUACGAGAAGUCUGAGAUCAAUUCUGGCUUUUACUAUUCCAGCGCACAACAACGCGAGAAGCUCGUCGAGAGUGAACGCCGUUUCGUCGACGACAAACUCCGCAAGAUCGUCGAGCUCAAAAAAGAAGUGUGCGGCACUGAUCCCUCCAAGGGCUUUGUGAUCGUCAACCAGAAAGGUAUCGACCCCUUGAGUCUUGACGUGCUUGUCAAGAAUGGCAUCUUCGCGCUUCGUCGCGCCAAGCGCCGUAACAUGGAGCGUCUCCAACUCGUCUGUGGUGGCACGGCACAAAACAGCGUCGAGGACCUCAGUCCUGAGGUUCUUGGCUGGGCAGGCCACGUGUACGAGCACCAACUCGGAGAGGAGAAGUACACGUUCAUCGAAGACGUCAAGGAAGCGAAAUCUGUGACUCUCCUGAUCAAGGGUCCGAACGCACACACAAUCACCCAGAUCAAAGACGCCGUCCGCGAUGGCCUGCGCUCAGUGUACAACAUGAUUGUCGACAAGUCCGUUGUGCCUGGCGGAGGUGCAUUCCAAAUCGCAUGUGCAGCCCAUCUCACCUCCGAAGCCUUCCGCAAGAGUGUCAAGGGCAAGGCAAAAUGGGGCGUCGACGCAUUCGCCGAUGCCCUCCUCGUCAUCCCCAAGACCCUGGCCGCGAAUUCCGGCCACGAUAUCCAGGACGCCAUUGCAGAUCUGCAGGAUGAGCAUGCCGAGGGCAACACGGUGGGCUUGAACCUGACGACGGGCGACCCGAUGGAUCCCACACAAGAGGGUGUGUAUGACUCGUUCCGCGUGCUGAGGAAUUGCGUCGCAAGCAGUACAGGCAUCGCGAGCAAUCUGCUGCUCUGUGACGAGAUGUUGAAGGCUAGGCAGAUGGGCCGUGAAACUGGGCCUGGAGGUCCUGAGUAGAGUAGCUUAUACACUCACGUACUGAGGAAUACGAGAUUUGAAUGAUAUCACGUAUCAGAUGUCAGUGUAAUAUUGGUGGUACAAAGACACUGUAUACUGCCGUCCGCAAGGCAUAGUGAUUUUUUGUACUGCCUGCCACUCGCCAACUACACAUACAUACUGAUCUACUCGCUUGCGCAUUGCUCACUUUCAUCGAUCUAUGGGCAGGCAGGUAAAGCAGCGACGAACAUCAGUCACCAAAAUGCGCACGCCUAUAUAUACCAUACAACUACAUACCCAAAAGCGCUCGCAAGGGAC